AUGACGUCGCCUGCGAACCAGCAGAACCCCAUCCCGGCGACAAACACCUCCGCGACUACGGCUACUUCUUAUGCCUCUGCUGCAGGUGCGCCUAAGAAGCCAGCCCAGGCGCCUGUAGUUGCGACUGGAUCUCACCCUCCCGUCGUGGUCGGUGCCUCGUCGUCUUCGGCGCAGAAUGCCAAGGGCGCCUCAUCGUCUCCUGUGAACGGCAAGCCCGCCGUCACCCCCGCUGUCCCCGCCGUCGCGCGCGGCAGCUCGAACCUCAACGGCUCCGGCCCAGAUCACUCUCGCAAGAGCUCCGUCACCAUGGCGGCCAACGCCCCCAACAGCUUCGCCAACGGUGGCCCCGUCGGUGGUGCCAAGUCCGGCAUCCAGUUCGGCUUCGACUCUCCUGCCAUGGCUCACAGCACUCCCCAGUCCGGCAGCGCUGCGCCCAUCCCCAUCCCCGGUGGCAACCCGCGAGUCCCCUCGCCCGCCCACUCUCCCUCUCCUAUUCCUCAGCCUUCUGCUAGCGGCGGCCGACCUCCUUCCGGUCUGCAGCAGCCUAGCGGACAGAUGACCUUUGGCAGUCUCAGUAGCGAUGGCGAGCGCCACAUGAGGCAGGGCUCUGUCCCCCCGAACCCCAACUCACAGCCCGGCACCCACUUCCGCCGAGAGUCUGGCCACUCCGCUCAGGGUGACGGCGCCGGUCGAGGCAACUUCCAGCCUCAGGGCGGCCGUGGCCGUGGCGGUUUCAACCCCAACUACAACCAGCAGAUGGGAUACCCCCCCAACAACCAGUUCCGCAACGGUCCUGGACAGGGUCGAGGCAUGCCGCCUGCUUUCCAGCCUCAGCCUCGAAACAUGCAGUACCCUAACUCUCCUCAACCGAACCGAAGCCCUGCCCUCGUCCCGUCGAUGCCGAACACGCCAAACAUGGCCCAGGCCAGCAUGCAGCCCAACAUGGCUAUCCAGACGCCGCCUCAAUACCACUACCCGCCUCCCAUGGCACCCCAACAAGUACAGUUCCCUUUUCCUCAUCCAUCUGACAAAUUAUCUUUCAAACCCUCCAAGAGGAGCAAAAACCGUCGCGAGACGGACAAGGCGCUUCAAGCGGGGCGCCCACUCGACUCUACCAAGCGAAAUUUGCAUGGGGUCGACAACAGCCAGCAUCAGCGCCGUUUGAGUAAACACGCAGAGCAGCCGUGGCGUGAAGUUGAUAGCAACAACUUCCGUGCGGCAUCCCAUGCCACCAAGAUCCCCCCCGAUUCUUUCUCCUCACUCAGCCAACCUCGGAACGAUUCUCGUUCCCUUGAUCUCUCACCAGAAGGCGGCGUAUUCGAAUACAUGCUGACUUUAAAAAACCAGAACUUCGGUUACCCUCCCCAGCAGGUUGACGGCUAUGGACGCCCAAUGUCGAUGCCCUAUGGCUACAACAACAUGCCCUACAUGGCUCCUCCCCAAGCUAACUCUCCAGGCUACAACCAGACUUUUGUCCCCCCUCCCUACCACCAGCAGAGCCACAGCAUGUCGCGAACUCCAUCCCAGCCUGAGCGACCCUCAAGCGCGAACCAACAGAGCCAGCCCGUCAUUGUGUCCUCGACCCCUCAGCCCCAGAACGCUCAACCCAAGGGCACCCCCAACGCCAGCUUCGUUAAGCCUCGGAGGAGCGCAGCGAUUCAGAUCAAGAACCCUGCUGGUGAGGUUGUUGAUACCUCGACUUUCAAGGCCCCGGCUUCGCCUGCUCCCAGCAUUACCAAGUCCAAGACCCCUCCUGUCGUAACCUCGACACCGACUCCUCCUCCCAAGUCCUCGACCCCAGCGCACGGCCGUACUGACAGCCACGCCACCCCCAAGACUGCCAAGGAGAUCCAGGAUGAGCUCAAGGAGAAGAUUAAGCAGGCCACCCAGGCACCUCAAGUGCCUGCCGAGCCCAAGAAAGAAGAGGUCGCCAAACCUGCCGAAGUGCCUGUGGAGGCUAAGGCUGAGCCUGCUCCUCCCGCCAAGGUUGAGGCGGAGACGAAGCCCGCUGAGGAGCCUAAGAAGGUCGAGGAGCCCGUCAAGAAGGCCGAGAAGCCCGCGGAGCCCGCCAAGAAGGAAGAGACUGAGGAAGAGGAGAUGGACCGAAUCAUUCGCGAAAUGGAAGAGGCUGAUGCCCUACGCGAGAAGCUAGAGGAAGAGCACCGCGUGAAGCGUGAGGCUGAGAAGGCUGCCGCCAAGAUCAAGGCCGAGGAGGACCGCAAGAAGAAUGCCGGAAACGAAGACCAAAAACUCCGUGACCAAGAGCGUGAGAUGGAGCGUCUUGAAGAGGAGAAGGAGAAGCGACGCGCCGAGUCAGCUGGCAAGACUCUCUCUGUUGCAGAGGCUCUUGCCAAUGCCAAAUCUGGCAAGGAGGACAAGGUCGAUGUUGUCACGGACAAGCUCGCCGGUAUGAAGAUCGCCGAGAAGCCCUCGUCUCCCGCUGAGCCGAAGUCUACCACUGCUGAGAAGCGUGGCGCCAAGCCUGCUGCCCUCAACCUGGCUCCUUUGAACACCAAGCCUGUUGAGCCUCCUCAGCCCAGCGCCGCCCUGCAGUCUCUCAAGUCGGCUCGUUUCCUCAAGGUCAUUGACCAAGAUAUUUACCCCUCCGGCAUCAAGUCCCCCAACCCGUCCCUCAACGCCGCUGUCGCCAAGAAGGGCAAGACCUUCAAGUACGAUGCCAACUUCUUGCUCCAGUUCCAGAAGGUCUUCACCGAGCAGCCUUCUCUGGAGUUCCACCAGCAGGUCAAGUCACUCAUUGGCGAUGAUACCGGCCGAUCUGCCUCCCGCACUCAGACCCCUGGCUCUGCCCGACACGGCUCUCGUGGCGGCGGCGGCGGCGGCAACUUCCCCAUGGGCGCCUUUGUAGCACCCGCCGGACGAACUCUUCCCACUGGUACUACCUCGGCCGAUCGAUUCGCUAUGGCUAGCGGCAGCAUGCCUCGACCGGCGGGUGGCAACCCCAUGGCCUCCUUCCAGCGACCUGGUGGCGCGUUCCCCUCGUCGGCCUCCAUGUCCCGGACUUCAUCCCAGUCCAACAUGUCCAACUCUCCUCGCCAAAACAGCCGCCCGACUCGUGGUAGCCGACGCAAUGACUACAACGCCAAGGAUGCUCAGGCUGCUAAGACCAUGCCUCUGACUGCUGGUAUGGAUCUCAAGCCCAUUGCUGUCACUUCCAACGGCUGGAAGCCCACUAGCGUUGGCAAGUCCGCCGCCGCCGCCCCUCCUCCCGGUGCCAGUGCUGGCUACCUUGACCCUGAGCUUGUUCAGAGGAAGGUCAAGGCCGCCUUGAACAAGAUGACCCCCGAGAAGUUCGACAGAAUCGCCGACCAGAUCUUGGAGAUUGCUUCUCAGUCCAAGGAUGAGACUGAUGGCCGCACCCUUCGCCAAGUCAUUCAGCUCACCUUCGAGAAGGCGACUGAUGAGGCACACUGGGCCUCAAUGUACGCCAAGUUCUGCAAGCGCAUGCUGGAGACUAUGAGCCCCGAUGUUCGCGACGAGCGCAUCAAGGACAAGAACGGCAACAUUGUCAAUGGCGGCAACCUGUUCCGCAAGUACCUCCUCAACAGAUGUCAGGAGGAAUUCGAGCGCGGAUGGACCGUUAACCUGCCCGAGAACCCUGAUAAGGCUGAGGGAAGCGCCGAUGCCAAGAAGAAUGCCGAGGCCGCUCUUCUCUCUGACGAAUACUAUAUCGCUGCUGCUGCCAAGCGACGUGGCCUUGGUCUCGUCCAGUUCAUUGGUGAGCUGUACAAGCUGGGUAUGCUCACUGAGCGCAUCAUGCACGAAUGUGUGCACAAGCUCGUCGACUAUAAGGGCGUGCCUGAUGAGACUGAGAUUGAGUCGCUCAGCAAGCUGCUCCGGACCAUCGGUGCCAACCUUGAUGCCACCGACAAGGGCCGUCCUAUGAUGGAUGCCUACUUCCAGCGCAUCCAGACCAUGGCUGAUCUGCCUGACCUCCCGAGCCGACUGCGGUUCAUGCUCAUGGACGUCAUUGAUCUUCGUAGGGCCAACUGGGUCUCCAAGGAGACCAACAAGGGCCCCAAGACCCUGGAAGAGGUCCGAGUCGAGGCUGAGGCUGCCCAAGCUGCCAAGGCUCAGGAGUCAGCCAGGAGCAACCAGCGCGGAGGCGGUCGUCCUCCCGCUGGACGAGGCGAUGCGCGCCACUUCUCUGCUGGCUACAGCCAGCAGCAGAGCAACCAGGUCGGUAUGGAUGAUCUCCGCCGCCUCAAGGGCUCUGCCAACAGGGCCUCAAGCGGCAACGUCAUGCUGGGUCCCACCUCGAUGUUCUCGUCGCGCAGCAACAGCGGACGACGUCUUGGCCCAGGUGGCUCGCUGGGCCGCGCUGGUGAGGACUCGGGGGCCUCUUCUCGCACCGGGACUCCUCCCACCCGAGAGAACACUUCGCACUCUAAUGCAUUCAGCCUGCUAGCGAACAUGGAGACCGAGCACCCGGCCUCCCCCCCGUCUACUUCUGCCUCGCCAAUGAUGUCGAAGGCUGUCCCCGACAGCGGCAAGAAAGAGAGCGAAUAA